ACCGACUUGGCGAGUGAGAUGGGCGCAGAGUGGCGCAGCAUCAUCCGGGUGUCACUGCUUUUUUCUGUCGUCUUCUGACGAAAUCUGUGGUCGAAAUCAAGUCGAAACCUUUCUUACCGAAAAAAAACAGUAUAUAUUUAUUAUUCACCAUUUAUUCACUUUAGUUAUUCUCUCUGGUUAUUCUAUGAUAUUUAGCUUUUAGUAUUAGCGUAAAUUUUAUAAGAUACUGGUAUUCUUUUUUCUGAUUGAUAUUUAGUAAAAAAGGCUUUAAAGUGUGCCCCAAAAUGAACUGUUCUGUGAAACAUUGUCAUAAUAAUCGAAAAUUUCCAUCCCUAGAGAAAGUUAUUAGUUUUCAUGUUUUUCCCAGAGGUGAAUUGCAAAAAUGUUGGCUUGAUGCACUUGGAAUUACUGGAAAUUGGCAGUGGUCAAAAAAUAAAGGAGUCUGCUCUGACCAUUUUAAAGAUGAUGAUUUUACUUUUUUGGGAGGAAGAAGGCGUUUGAAAUGUAAUAUUGUACCUUCUCUUAAAUUAUCAGAGGUAAAAGUAGAUACAUCUAGGGUCCUCAAUAGGACCAGUGCAAGCAUAUCAGAAACACCACUAGGUGAAACAGAUUUAUCUAUACUUGACAACAAAGAGACAACAACCGGGAGGAAUAGAAAUCAGGAGAUAAGCCAAAAUAUUUUAAACACAAGCCAUGGUAGUGAUCAAGGUGUAAAGAGAUUAAUUAAAUCUAUGCAUAGUUAUAGUACUUCUCCUGCAACUAUAAAAAACAAGAACACCGAACUGAAAAAAAAGGUACUAUUUUAUAGGAAAAAAGUUAAUUAUGCCAAUAAGAAAAUAAAAUCAUUAAGUAAAGAGGUUUCGACCUUAAAAGCUAUUUUGGAAUGUUUAGUAAAAGAAAGAUACGAAGGUGCCACAAACCAUUUAAAAUAUAUACAGGAUAUUCCUUAAUGAUAUGCUAAUAUAUAUGUAGAUAAUUUUUUAUUUUUUUAUAAAACAAACUUCAUAUCAUGUUCAUGUUCUAAAUGUCUUAUCUUGUGAGAUACAGGGUUUUAACAUUUUCAGAGAAAUUAUAUUUUUUAUAAUACCCAUGAUAGUAUUUCAUUCUUCACAAGAAUAUGAAGAUUUUUUUAUAAAAUUGUCUCAAUAAUCGGGCCUUUAAAUAUUAACCUCUCAAUGAAGAACACCCUGUGUAUAUGAUGUGUCAUAAAAAAAUGGUUUCAAACUUUAUUUGACUUUAGUUUGAAAGUAUAAGGCAAAAUGAAUAAAAUAUUAAUUUCGGGCUUUGUGUAUUUGAUCACAAUUAAAUGUAGAUUUUACAACAAUUAAAAUGUUUUUUGCUAUUAAGAAUAAAAGCAAUAAAGGUCCAAAAGUAAUCUGUUCCAAGUUAA